AUGUCGGACUACGAGAACGACGACGAAUGCUGGAACGUCCUAGAGAGCUUCCGCGUGAAGCUCAUCUCUGUCAUUGACCCCUCCCGCAUCACACCCUACCUGCGUCAGUGCAAGGUGCUCAACCCUGACGAUGAGGAGCAGGUGCUCAGCGACCCCAGCCUGGUCAUCCGCAAGCGCAAAGUGGGUGCCCUCCUGGACAUCCUGCAGCGGACGGGCCACAGAGGCUACGUGGCCUUCCUGGAGAGCUUGGAGCUGUACUACCCGCAGCUGUACAAGAAGGUGACGGGCAAGGAACCGGCCCGCGUCUUCUCCAUGAUCAUCGACGCCUCUGGGGAGUCGGGCCUGACACAGCUGCUGAUGAGUGAGGUGCUGAAGCUGCAGAAGAAGGUGCAGGACCUGACGGCGCUGCUGAGCUCCAAGGACGACUUCAUCAAGGAGCUGCGCGUCAAGGACAGUCUGCUGCGGAAGCACCAGGAGCGCGUGCAGCGGCUCAAGGAGGAGUGUGAGGCCGGCGGCCGGGAGCUCAAGCGCUGUAAGGACGAGAACUAUGAGCUGGCCCUGCGCCUGGCGCGCCAGACCGAAGAGAAGGGCGCUGCCCUCAUGCGGAACCGUGACCUGCAGCUGGAGGUGGACCGGCUCAAGCACAGCCUCAUGAAGGCGGAGGACGACUGCACUGUGGAGCGCAAGCACACCCUGAAGCUGAGGCACGCCAUGGAGCAGCGGCCCAGCCAGGAGCUGCUGUGGGAGCUGCAGCAGGAGAAGGCGCUGCUGGCAGUGCGCGUGCAGGAGCUGGAGGCCAAGCAGGAAGGAUGUCAGGACAAGAGUAACGGCUACAUCCAGGUGCUGGAGGAGGACUGGCGUCAGGCCCUGCAAGACCACCAUGAGCAGGCCAACACCAUCUUCUCUUUGCGCAAAGACCUGCGCCAGGCUGAGGCCCAGCGAGCUCGGAGCACGGAAGAGAAGGAGAUGUUCGAGCUGCAGUGCCUGGCUCUGCGCAAAGACUCCAAGAUGUACAAGGAGCGCAUCGAGGCUGUCCUGCAGCAGAUGGACGAGGUGGCCAUUGAGAGGGACCAGGCCAUCGCCACACGGGAGGAGCUGCACAGUCUGCACGCCAAGGGCCUGCAGGAGAAGGACGCACUGCGGAAGCAAAUCCGAGAGCUGGGCGAGAAGGCAGACGAGCUCCAGCUGCAGCUGUUCCAGAGCCAGGGCCAGCUGCUGUCUGCAGAGUCCCGGCUCAGGCAGCAGCAGCUGGAGACCCUUGUCUUGAUCUCAGACCCGGAAGACAGCCCACCAGGGGACUCCCGGGAGCUCUCACUGCCCCGGAGCCUGGAAGAAGAUGUCCAGCUCUCCGACAGAGGUGGCCUAAGUGAAGAGCAGAGCCUGGAGCCGCCCUUCAUGGCUCUGCAGGAGCCACUUUCCCUGACUCCCAGCUACACGGGCCUGAGCUGCGGGGAGCCCCCUGAGAAAGAGCGACGUCGCCUCAAGGAGAGCUUUGAGAACUACCGAAGGAAGCGGGCCCUCCGCAAGCUGCAGAACGGAUCGCGGCAGGGGGAGGUGGACUGGGGGAACACGACGGGCAGCGACAACACGGACACCGAGGGGCCCUAG